ACAAAUUACUCACGGAGUGCAAGCUGCAUCAGAAACGCCAACUAAAAAUGUAAAGUUCAUUAUUUUUAUUUUCCAAUAAAAUAUUUAAAAGUAAAACGUAGUGAUUAUAUUCUCUUUGAUAUAAAGAAAAACUAGAAGACGAGAGAGCAAGGUUUUAUGAAAUUUAUUAAAUAAAUGCACUGUUAACAAAAAAAAAUAAGUUCAGUUUUGGUAUGCUUAUUAAAAAUGACCAUUCAUAAUUUGUAUAUUUUUGACCGAUACGGUACCUUACUCUACUAUGGAGAAUGGAAUCGAACUAAACAGAGUGGGAUGUCCAGAGAAGAAGAAGGGAAGUUAAUGUAUGGCAUGCUAUAUUCAAUAAAGUCGUUUGUUGCAAAAAUAUCGCCCCUGGAUCCAAAAGACGGCUUUCUAAAUUAUAAAACAUCAAAAUACACAUUACACUGCUUAGAGACGCCUUCUGGACUCAAAUUUAUCAUGAACACUGACAACCAAGCACAGAACACCCGUGAGAUUUUGAGGAAGAUAUACAGUGAAUUGUAUGUGAAGUAUGUCAUGAGAAAUCCUCUGUGUGCAGCAGGAGAACCAAUCAACAGUGAGCUUUUUAAGACUAAACUGGAUGCCUUCAUUAAGCAGGCACCACUAACAGCUGCUAGAGCAUCAUAAGCAGCGCUGGAUUUAUACUUUUUAACAUAGGCCACUUUAUUUCCACCGCCACACAUUUCCAUUUCCACAGUGUACGGAGGAGUCAAAAAAUUGGAAAUUUUCUGUUGUCUUCAAUUUUGAAUAGGCAUUGAUAUUAUGAAUGCGAGAGUAGAACACCCGUGUUUAGAGAGAGCAGAACAUUCGCAAUAGUUUUGAUGCUACAAGCUACCAAAGUUUAGCGUUUUUUUGCGACCCGGAUGGGAAAUAUCCAUAUUUCUCCAAAACUUUUACGUAAUAAAUAAAAUUUUGUAUUCCACCUGAAAGCCUAUUAUAAAAGGUAUAUUUCAAGCUUUUUUCCUGAUCCGCCGCGUCAAUAUUUUAUCUACAAUAAAAUAAUUUUUAUUA